AUGUGUUUCCACAAAAAUAGUGGGUCAACAUUCCUGAACGCACAGUUCGAAAGAUGGCCACUUCGGGUGUUGAAACGCUGUCACCUACCAAACAGUUUUUAUUAACUUACUUAAUACCAGAGAAAUGUUAUGACAGGUUUUUCGUCGACAUAAACUUUAUGCACGUUCCGUGUCUGAAGAUUGUAUUGAGCAAAUUUGCAGGAGUAUGGAUUCUGCUUGGCGUCGUGCUAGCACAGAUACCGCAGGUGUGGACGGUGUGGAAGGCCGGGAAUGCGGAGGGUCUCAGCCUCACCUCGCUUCUUCUCCAGCUGUAUGUUUUAACUGAGCCUGUGGUUUACUGCAUGGCUAACAACUUCCCCGUCAGCGCCUGGAGUGAGAGAGUGUUCACUCUUCUCCAGACCCUGUCUCUGGUCUUCCUGGUCCUACGCUACCGUGGAGACACUGCCAAAGGGCUGUUGGUGGUGAUGGCGUACUGUGGGGCGGUGCUCCUGCUGGCGUCCUCUCUGAUCCCUCCCUACAUCCUCUCUGGGAUGCAGUCCUCCGUCAUAGGAGCUGUGGUUGCAAGCAAGGCAGUUCAGGUGUGGACUAACUACUGCAGUGGGACCACAGGUCAGCUGUCUGGUCUGGCUGUGUGUCUGGCCUUCGCUGGCUCCCUCGCUCUCAUUUUCACUUCCCUGCAGGAGACGGGCCAGUCUCUCUCUACUCUGAGUCAUGCUGUGGCUUCCUGUCUCUGCUGCCUCCUGCUGGCUCAGAUCUGGUACUACAGGAGCCCGACCUCCAGUGUGAAGGAGAAGGAGGCGUAGACCUCAGCUGAAACCACCGCUCAGAUGAGAAAUGAAACCCGCUACAUCAGACGCACCAGCGUGGCACUCCAACCGUCCCGUUUGAUUCCCUUCUAAACUGAACCAAAUGAAGACAAACCCUUUUAACCUUGUGACAUUUAUUAUAAAUGGCACAUCAAAUGAUACGUGCCAACGCACCACCAGACUGCUGACUCCUGAUCAGUAGGGACCAAGAAGUUGUGAGGCAGACAAGUUCACAAGAUCAGAAAGACAAAAAUGCAUGAUUUAUUUGGUAACUUUAUUGAAGUCAUCCCCCCCUCCCUGAAGUUGUAAAAUUAAACCAAGAUGUCAAUAAAAAGGGUGGAAAA